UUCGUUUUGCUUCGCUUCGCAUAGUACAUCAGAAAACAUGGCUCCCGAAUGAAGGACGCUAUACGCGAGUCUGCCAGAUCUUAUCUCUUUUACAUACACGCGCUUAUUUGAUAAUCGCUUAGACCGUAGAUUCACGCAGAAUGAGCAAUCUAUCUCCUUUCGGCAGCAAGAACCCACCGUGGGUCCGCAAUGCAGGACAAGGUAUACAAAAUAUCCAGCAGCCAAUGCUUGGACAAGCCAUGGGCAGUAUCGGAGGACAACCUAUGGUGCAAUAUCAACAGCAAACCCAACAGGUCUAUCAACAAAGUCUAGGACUGCAGCAGCCCAACAUCACUAUGGCAUCAAUGGCUACCCUUGGCUCAAAUUUACCAUCUGGUAUGCCUGGUCAGCUAUACCCACAAGUUGCAACAGUUUCUUAUCCAACGCCGCGAGCAUUGAACACAAAUGCUUUUCAACCUUCCGUAGCCGGUGUCCCGCAGCAGGUGCAACAAAAUGUAUCCUCAUCAUCUACAAAACAGAGAGUUUUCACAGGCACGGUUACCAGAGUACACGAUAAUUUUGGCUUUGUGGAUGAAGAUGUAUUUUUCCAAACUAGUGCAUGUGUGAAAGGUUCUAAUCCUGUGGUGGGAGAUCGUGUACUCGUGGAGGCGUCGUACAAUCCUUCAAUGCCGUUUAAAUGGAUUGCCACUAGGAUACAAGUGCUCGCUAUGGGCAAUAACAGCAACACUGCAAAUACCCAACAAACUAAUCAACCGAAUCGUCAACAACAGCAACCACAGCAGCAGCCGAAUAAGACGUCGGGCACUUACAACGCCGUACCUCCACCUACUGAAAAUCCUAAUAAUAAUAGUAGGUUUACGACAAGUACAACAAAUUCCAACGCCACUAGCAACCGUACCAAAGUCGGUAGAGUGCGCGAAAGAUCUCCUCGCGAGCGAAGAAACGACGAUGAAGAGAUCGAGAGGAAGCGACGUCGCGAAGAGAGAAUCAGAGAACGCGAGAAGAAGGAAGACCGAAGUCCGUCGAGAACGCGAAGAAGCAAAUCGCCCAGACCACGUCGGCGCACGAGAGUCGUACCGCGUUAUAUGGUGCAAAUACCGAAAAUAGCACUCGAUUUGCCUGAAGCAGAUGUUCUUGAGAUUAGAAGACGCUAUCAAAAUAUGUACAUUCCUAGCGACUUCUUUUCCACUAACUUCAGAUGGGUCGAUGCCUUUCCGCCGCAUAUGCCAUUUACACUUAAUAAACCAUGCUCCUUCCAUGUUAUGCAUAAAGAUGUCGAUCCCUAUAAUGAAAAUACAGCAGUACUAGAACCCUCGGAUGCUGAUUAUCUAUUCUCUGCAAAGGUCAUGCUCAUAUCUAUGCCUGCCAUGGAAGAAAUAUACAAAAGAUGUUGUGGCGUUUCCGAAGACAGAGAUCCUGAUCGCGAUUAUGUUCAUCCCACGCGCCUUAUAAAUUUCUUGGUAGGCUUACGGGGCAAAAAUGAGACGAUGGCCAUAGGUGGCCCGUGGAGUCCCUCUUUAGAUGGACCUAAUCCUGAAAAGGAUCCCUCUGUAUUGAUUCGGACAGCCGUGAGGACCUGCAAAGCGCUUACCGGCAUAGAUUUGUCCAGCUGCACACAGUGGUACCGCUUCCUGGAACUCUACUACAGACGCGCAGAAACGACCCACAAGUCCGGGCGAGUGGUACCGUCUCGCGUUGAAACCGUCAUACUAUUUCUCCCAGAUGUUUGGAGCUGUGUGCCUACCAGAUUGGAAUGGGACGGGCUGCAACUCAGCUAUAAGAGACAACUGGAACGAAAGUUACUGCGUGCUGCCUCUAACUCCGACGAUUUGGAUGCCGCCAAUGAGACUGAUGAGGCUGCCGUCGCUGAUCAAAAGGAUGACUCCAUGGCCGAGAAGAAGGAUCCUACUCACUAUUCCGAACUAGAUCCAAAAUCGAUGAAUGUGAACGAUUUGCGUCAAGAACUGGUGGCUCGCAAUUUGAGCUCGAAAGGCCUGAAAUCACAAUUACUAGCGAGACUUUUAAAGGCUAUAAAGUCGGAGCAAGCCAAAGAGGAGGGUCGACAAGACGAGGCGGACGAAAAUGAAGAAGACAUCUCGCCGCCAGGGAAGGAAGAGGACGAUAAGAAGUUUCGAGAAAAUAAAGACCAUGAUGAAGACAAGAGGAAACUUUACGAACGCGAACGCGCCGUGCUCGAGAAGAGAUACACUUUGCCCGAUUCAUCGCACAUUGUUGUUCAUCCUUCUAGAAUGGCCAAGAGUGGAAAAUUCGACUGCACAGUUAUGUCUUUGAGUGUAUUGUUGGACUACAGACCAGAAGAUACCAAGGAACAUUCUUUCGAAGUAUCUCUUUUUGCUGAAUUGUUUAACGAAAUGUUGACACGAGAUUUCGGUUUCCGCAUAUAUCGUGCGUUAUGCAAUCUCCCUGAAAAAUCCAAGGAAAAAGACGAAGACAAGAAGAAAGAUAAAAAAGAUGAUAAGAGAGAUGAGAAGAAGGACGAUAAGAGGAAAGAAGACGAGAAGAAAUCCAGUAAGAAAGAUGAGAAGCGGGAUGACAAGAAGAGAGAAGAGCUCAAGGAUAAGAAAGAUGAUAAGGACGCGAAAAAUAAAAUAGAUGACAAGGAUAGAGAAAAGGAAAAGAACGACGAUGACGAGGAAGAUGAAGACGACGAAUCGGACGACGAUGAUUCUAUGAAAGAUGGUAAAAAGGACAGAGACAAAGAUGGGAAAAAGAGAAAAACUAAACUGUACACGCAUGAUCCUUACCUUCUGUUAUCAUUUGUAUAUUUCGAUCAAACACAUUGCGGAUAUAUAUUUGAUAAGGACAUCGAAGAACUUAUUUAUACUCUGGGAUUGAAUUUGUCAAGAGCUCAGGUGCGAAAGUUAGUACAAAAAGUUGUUACGAGAGACUCUUUGCAUUAUCGCAAGUUAACAGACAAGUCGAAGGAAGAUGAUUCGAAAGAUGAGAAGAAGGACGACAAAGAAGGAGAUAGAAGUGAAACAGCCAAAACAGAGAGAAACAAAAAGUUAUUACCUGUAUUUGUUGGAAGUGGACCGGUUUCGAAGAGAGCACGUAGGGAUGAUUGCGUCUUAGAAAAAAACGACGAGGAAAAUACUCCGGAAGGCAUUGUUAUGUACAAAGGCUCUUUACUAGAUGUAGAGAAACUCGUGAGUCAAUUGCAAAGAUCUGAGAAAGCGCGUUUAGACACCGAGGACCGUAUGAUGGAACUACAGCACGAGCUAAAUGUAGUGAAUGAGAAAUCUACGAAACAAACUAAUAAUAUUAAAGGUCUUACAGAGGAUUUAAAGAUAUACAAAGAUAAAUUGCGAGGCACGGAAGAAAAGUUCAAAAAAGUCUCGACUGAAUGCCAUACUUACUUGACUGCGGUGAAAAACAUGUAUCAUAUAGCGGCGAAGAUGAUGCAGGGCGACGCGAGGAAGGUAGAAGUUGUAGAAAUUCAAGAUGAGAAAAUCAGUGGAGAAAUAAACGGCUCUGAAUUGGAGAGCAAAUUUAAAACUGACAGCAGGUGGGGAGACAACAAGAUCCAAGUGAAAAAGGAACCAGCGGAAAUAGAAAAGGAUAAGAAAUCUGACAAUAAAGUUUCUGUCAAGAAGGAGACCGCCGAAGCAGACAAAGAAAAGAAAUAGAUAGCAUUAUCUAUUCAUUAUAGUAUAGCGGAUACGCACCGACGUAAGAUUUUAAUCUUGGUUUCCUUUCUUUUUUUUUCACAUUCGCACAUAUGCGUGUGCGUACGCGUUCUUAGUGAUUAAAAGUUUUAAAAUAAAAGGAGGAAAAAAUUAAUCAAUCAGACAAAAUCAGUAAAAGAUUUAACCGACACGAAAGUAAGUAAGCAAGACUCCAUUUUGUAACUUUUUUCACUCAGUGAUAACGUGUGAUCGUUGCAUCUUUGAUUAGUAAUAAGAAUUUAGCACUUUUGAAACCAUGCUUAGGCAAGUAACUAGUAACAGUUCACGUCAUUGUUAAAGUGUCUCCCUAAGUUGCAGUUUUUCGUGUCACUUGUCGAAUUUUUCAAUCACAAUAACCUUCGACGUACCAUCAAUCUGCCAUUAAGUGCCAGAUAUUGAUAAACUGGUGUUUAUCAUUACUAGUAGGUUCGGAAAUAUGUUAACAUCGCUUAAAGUUGAGAAUUUUUACAAAAAAUACAAGCAGCAUGAAAUAUCAUUGCGUCGUCGUCAUUACGCGAAUAAUUUCUGGAAAAAAAAGAUUGUUUUGCAUAUAAGAACAAUUUUCAAUGCUGCUUUGCGUGCUUUAAAUAUAAGUUAUAAUUAAUAUUAUAUUAUUCACUAUAAAAUUACAUUUUUGUUAUAUCGAGUCCAGUCGUUGUUCUUCAGUAAGUUCUUUAACUAAGUAUAUGUUUGUUUCGAUGAAAAUUGUUGAAGACCGAUAGUUUUAGUUGAUCUUAUAAGAUGCAUAAUUUGCGCAGUGAACAUGUAACGCAAUAAAUGUGAUGCCAAUGAUGAAGUUACAUUAAUAUUGCUUUCAAGGAUAUCUGUAUCGUAUUUUUCUUUUUUUUUUUUAAUCGAAGUUUGCAUAUCUCGAAAAUUUUUCAAAUUGCUAACGAUUUCAUGAUAUAUGAACGAUACGAAUAUUAAUUAUGAAUAUACAUUAUAAUGAAUAUACAUUACAGGUAAUGCAGCACGAAGUGUCUGUAAACUAUUUCUUAAACAUGUUUAACCACAGAUUGAAUAUACGUAUGAAAUGAAAAAAAGAAGAAUUUAUAUUGAAAUCAGUCACACACUAAGAUUGAACGAAGUUCUCCAUUGAGAAUAAGAAAUUUAUAUUGUCAAAGAACAGCAAUAAGGUCGUUUCUUUCCCUUAAAUACGCGUUAGACACUCGGAGAAAGAUGUACAGUUUUAAAAUAAUACAAGCCCGAAUAUUUCUUUUUUUGUAGUCUAAUCUAAUGAAAGUGCGAUGAAAUCACGGUAUCCUUUAAGUGAACCGUAUCGCUCAUUGUACGUAUGUUCAUCGCGAGUGUCAUAGAAACACCUAUUCAAAAGUGAAUUACUACAAAACCGUGUUCUCAAACGUGAGAUCGUGGCGUGAUCACGCGUUCCAUUACCCAAACUUGCAACCCACGAUGCCAAGGAUACUAUUUUGUAUAUAGUUAUCUAUUAUAUGUAGAAAUUUUUGUAGUUUGUUAAUAGAAGAUCGCGUUUUCUUGUAAAAAAAAAAAGAGAUAUGCAGAAGGGAAAAUAGUAUGAUAAUGAUAGUAAGAAAAUAAGAUCAUAAAAAUGCGCAAUCGAUUUCAACUUUGUGUACGCCGGCGUUAUACGCGUUAUUCUCUUGGAAAUUGUAAUUAUCUUUAUGAGCAGAUGGUAGUCAAAAGUACAAGAAUAACAAUAAACAUUGUUUAGCCAGUA